UCUAGAACAAUUCACUAGGGGACAACCUAGAGACCUUGUGCAUAGUUGCCAGCAUUUACCAUCGGAAUUGGGCUAUCUUCAAGCUAAAAAUCUUCUUUCUGAACAUUUUGGAAAUGAAUACAAGAUUGCACAGGCCUAUAUGGAUAAAAUUAACAACUGGCCAGCUAUUAAAAGUGAGGAUAUUAAAUCACUGCAAGCAUUUGCUCUGUUUCUUAAGGGAUGCUCAAAUUUAACGAAACACCUCAUUCAUAUGAAAGAACUGGACUUGCCUUCAAAUAUGAGGAGCAUAAUCUUUAAGCUUCCCUACAAAAUGAGAGAAAGAUGGAGAAAUGCAGCCUGUGACCUGCAAGAAAAAAGGAAUCAAAGAGCACUAUUUACUGAUCUUGUUGCUUUUGUUGAAAAGCAGGUUAAAAUUGCAUCUGAUCCGUUGUUUGGCAAUAUCACUGAUGUUCAACAGCUCAGCUCUAAAAACCCCAGUAGCGGCCUUACAAAACUAAAGAAAAAGGGGAGCAGCUUUUUCACAAAAGUCCUUUCAGUGAAUAAUGAAUCAUCUGAAGAUGAGAUGAAGUCCUCUAAAAACCACAACUGUUUGUAUUGUUUCAAAAGUAAUCACUCAGUUGACAAAUGUUUUAAGUUCAAAGACAAGCCACACAAGGAUAAAGUGAACUUUAUUAAGGAAAAAGGCAUGUGUUUUGGCUGUUUAAAGGUGGGACACAUAAGCAAAGAAUGCAGAGGUCGCUUGAUCUGUACUGUCUGUCACCAACAACAUCCCAGUGUCCUGCACAUUGACAAGGAAACCACAAAAGCUUUCUCCAGAUGUCCACAGAAUUCUCUGAGAACCACGUCCACAAUGACUCAAACCUGUAGUCAUAUUAGGGUCUGUGAUGAAGAUAAUUCAAUUCUCUCUAUUGUUGCAGUUCAAGUUAGGAGUCCAAAAACCAACACAACUGUGCAGACAUAUGCAUUUCUGGACCCGGGCAGCACAGCAACAUUCUGCACAGAAAGUCUGGCCAGAAGGCUGCAACUGAAGGGCAAGAGAACAAGCAUUCAGCUGCAAACGAUGGGUCAUAAAGACAUUGAGGACAUUAACCAGUGGCCAUACCUGCAAAGUAUCAAGCUCCACAACUUAGAUGCUGAUGUAGAUUUACUCAUUGGCACAGACGCACCUAAAGUAAUGGAGCCGUGGGAGCUGAUAAACAGCCAGGAUGAUGGCCCAUAUGCAGUUUGGACUCGAGUUGGAUGGGUCAUCAAUGGACCACUUAGGAGUGAAAGGAGAAAGACAGACUGUCAUGCUUUCACCGCAAACAGGAUUUCUGUACAAAAUCUGGAAACAAUGUUGAUUGAACAAUAUAAUCAUGAUUUCAAUGAAAAAACAUCCCAAGAACAGAUUGAAAUGUCCAGAGAAGAUAUCAAGUUUAUGGAUAUCAUGAACAAUACAGCACAUUUAAUCAAUGGACAUUAUUGCAUUGAUUUGCCUUUUAAGGCUGAAAAUUCCACCUUGCCAGUGAACCGCUGUAUUGCAGAGCAACGUCUUCAAAGCCUUAAAAGGAAGUUUGAUAAGAGCAUCACCUUCAAGAAAGACUACAUUGCAUUUAUGGAUGACAUGAUAUGUAAUGGAUAUGCUGAAGUUGUUCCAAGUGAUCGCUUAGUGGGCAGUGACGGAAAA